AUGUCGUACCGUACAAUUGCUUCAACUGAUUCAGAGAAUGAACAUUUCAGUGAAUCAAUUGAUAUGAGACCGUCUUUUUCAAAAUCAAAACCUGGAUCAAAACGACCUGUAGAAAAAAUAAGUGUCGAGAAACCUAUGAAAAAGAAACAGAAUAAAAUGAAUGCAUCAUACAGGGAUAAUAUCAGCGAACGCUUGAGAUCAGAAGAUUUUGAUGUUGAGGUAUUUAAUUCGCUAACAUUCAGACAAGGAGAAAAAGGAAAGGAUCUUUGGGUGUUAAGCCAUUAUAAGGUUGUCAACAUCGAGAAUGUAGGUACCAGUAAAGGACAGAUGGAAGUUCAGUGA